AUGCUCUCGUCCAGUCCAGAUCACCUCACAGCUGCAUCACCACCAGGACCGCCUUCUUCGCAGUCGUCGUCUGUGGGAUCCUGCUACACCUCUGAAUCCUCCCGAGCUUCCUUUCAAGCUCGACCCACGCUCUCCGACCCUUCCUCGAGCUCUACCAGCCCGGCCAGUGCAUACGACCGACCCUCUGAACUCACGCAUACGCCCGCCCUUGUCAAACGCUCUGCCGAAACCACGCCCGUCAGUCCGAGGUCGAGCACGCACCACACGUCCAUAGAUCGUCAUCCAAAUCAGUUUGGUGCGCGCUCGACGAAUCACACGGCUAGCUUGUCGCGUGCAUCGCCCAGAGCCGAUCAUUCCCGCAUCCGCACCAUGCAACCGCCCGCGAGCGGUCCACGCGAGUUCGGCCAUCUCGAUGCAUACCAUCGUUCUGGCUCUUCGAGAAAUGUGAUCAACGAGAGCUCUCCGCACGCCGCCCGUGAGGCGCAGCACUUUGGCAGUCCAGACAACCAUAGUGGACCCGCACCAAAAGCCCGCCGCACUAGUCCCGGCGGAUCGCGGGCCCCGCCCCAUCAGGGCAGCCCUGUUCCAUACAGCCACAAUGCCAACUCGCAUCCUCUUACGACCACUUCAAGAUCCCCAACUGCGUCGACCCAAGCGUCAUCAUCUGGCACGACGACGCAGGCCAAUGGCUUCCGUACGGAAACAUCAUGGUCCGACACGCUUGCUGGAGGCAGACCACCAGAUCAGAACCAGGGGGCCCAGCCUUCUUGGCCCCAUUCCGAACAUCCGCAAUCGCACGUCACCCAGCCCUUGAUGCUAUCGCCUCGAUCGCACGGCAUCGGCGCUGGCCCCGAACAACAGGAUCCACACCCGCCCACGUCGACGAGAUCGGCGUCUCCUCAGCUCUGGUCCCACUCGCUGGCGGAUCGCAGCGAAGGUGCAAGCAGAUCAAAGCAGCCGUCGCUGCCCAAAAUGGACCUCGCCACGUUUGCUCCCCAAGAACUGCUCAAGAUCCUCGCCACAUUGCUGCACGAGAUCGCCACGGCAAACGACGACUUUCAGCCAGACGGAGGCAAGGACGAAUCGUCCCGAUCUAGACGUUCGGCUCGUAGUCGAGACCGUUCGACGCCAGCAACGCCGGCCGACUCGAAUGAUACCACCGAUGCUUCGGCGAUGCGCGGACAUUCGGCCCCCCCAGGCUCGCACCUGUCAUUCAACGACUCACGGCGUCCCUCGGUGACAACAGCGGCUCUAGGCGCGCUUGCAACUCCAUCGAGCACUUUAUGCUUCCACGCCCGCAACGUGCCAAGCAUCAGCAUCGAGUCGUACCUCUUGCGUAUCCUUAAAUACUGCCCUACCACCAACGAAGUGUUCUUGAGCCUGCUAGUCUACUUUGAUCGCAUGAGCAGGAUGGGGACGGGCGCAAAGCCGGGUGCGAAUGGCGAAGGAGAGGUCGCAGGCGAAGCAGCUGGUCUCCCGCGCGCCGUCGAACGCGCUACAGGGCAGCAGGAACUCGGCUUAGACGCAUCGGCGCGCCAAUCGGACGGCACAUCGUCCAAGGAGGUGCAGCCUUAUACCCAUCCAGGCAUCCGUGGUUUCGCCAUCGACAGCUACAAUGUGCACCGUUUGGUGAUUGCUGGUGUCACGGUGGCGAGCAAGUUUUUCAGCGAUGUCUUCUACACGAACAGCCGCUACGCCAAGGUCGGCGGAUUGCCGCCGCACGAGCUCAACCAACUCGAGCUGCAAUUCCUUCUGCUCAACGACUUCCGCUUGACGAUCCCGCUUGAAGAGAUGCAACGCUAUGCAGACCAGCUGCUCAUGUAUGCGAGUGGGAGACCGGAAAUGGCCAAGCUCACAAAGGCAGUGAGUUCGAAUGCGCUUUCCGACAGCUCCAGUUCCAAACCGAACGCAAGCUCCGACGUCAGAUCCGCCUCGAGCGCGGACGCAGGCCAAGCUGUCGCCACAUCGGGGACCAGCUCGCAAGGCGCUAGUGCUAGUGCCGGCCGCCACGAGGCCGACUCUGAAGGUGACGUGCAAAUGGCAGACGCUCAACCUUGA